GGAUGCCGGGAAUAACUGGCCCAUUGUGCUCCCAGUAUCAGAGUAGCGGCCGUCGCACUAACCGCUUGUAAUUGUGAUAAUUGUGUUGUGUCUGGAGUGAGACGUACUGUCAUGUUGGACCAGGAGCUACUAGCCAAGGGCGGACUGUCUGACAGCCAGCAACAGCCACCACCGCACCUAACUAACCCAUAUUCCCAGUUUCAACAGUAUCAACAAAGUAUGGCUGGUUACAACAAUAUGGGCUAUGGUUUCCCGGCGAUGUAUGCCCAAAAUGGCUAUGGGUACCCGCUCCCUGGCUACCCACAUGCCCCAAGUCCGCCCUCAGAUGUGACGGAGAAGACAGAGGGAGGAGAGGUUCGUGUGACAGCCAAGGGCAAGAAGGUUAGGAAGCCUCGCACCAUCUACUCCUCCUUGCAGCUACAGCAACUCAACAAGAUGUUCCAGAGGACUCAGUAUCUGGCCCUGCCGGAGCGCGCCGAAUUGGCCGCUAAACUUGGUCUUACGCAAACACAGGUUAAGAUCUGGUUUCAGAACCGCAGGUCCAAGUAUAAGAAGCUUUACAAGGCGGCUCAGAACGGCCAGCUGCCGGGAGUCGACGCUGCUGAAAUUGCUGCAGAUCUGGGAGCCAACUUGUCACAGAUGGUGUCGAACGGGCCUGAAUCACCAAGCUCUCCAGCCACCACAGACCAUGGUCACGAUCAGCCACCGUCGUCUGUCGGACCCGACGGUGGCCCACUUUCUCCUCCGCCCGACGACCGCCCACAGUCUCAAACUCCAACGGUAUCGAGCCACGGGGAGAUGACGUCUCCUAUGAUGUCGGCUCCACGGGACAUGAUGGUGUCUCCACCAGCUCAUCCGUCCAAGGACAUGAUGGCGAUGAAUCAGGCAAUGGCCGCUUGCGAACAGCAGCGACGGGAUCAAGCUAUGAUGCCGCCCCAUCACCAGUGGGAUCCGGCCCACUAUAUGUCAUACUGGAACCACUAUGGGGACAUGGCGGCCCAUCAGAUGACCCAUCAGAUCAUGACCUAAGCUCCACAGUAGAGCUCCGACCAGCGACACAUCAAUGACUUCAAGUUUCGAGGUCACAUUGCCCUUCCCUUUGGCUCUCAAGGCCAUUCCCUGAGUCUCCAGCAACGAGGAUUAUUCUUUCUCAUGACAUCUACAACUUCGAAUCGUGAGAAGCUAAUCAAUUGCCACCUGAGGGAGCGGAGCCAUCGUUGCACUGUGCAGUAUAUCCCUCUUCGAUCCCCCCUCUCCCAUCUACCCCCCCCCCCCACAACUCCAGAACAUUCCAGGGUGACAUCUCAAUGUGUACACAUAGGCAACAAAAUGUGAAGUCACAUAGCGUAUCGGUGCAGUGGUGUGUGUAUGUGCUAUGCACCUCCCUCCACUCCGUAGCCUGAGCUCACGUGCUUCACAGGAUCUUAACGUGAUCCCAGCUGAAACUACGUGAUCCCAGCUGACCUAACGAGCUCAUUAGGUCACUCCUCGUUACUAGAGUCAAUUCCAGGGGGCUUAUAGACUACCCCACGAAUCAUUUUAAGGAACCUCAGUGAAUUUCAUAAGGCGUAAGAGAAUAUAAAUUACGAAACUGAUCAAAACUGGCUACAGGUGACCCCAGCUGGCCGCAGGUGACCCUAGCUGGCCGCAGGUGACCCCAGCUGGCCGCAGGUGACCCCAACUGGCCGCAGGUGACCCCAACUGGCCGCAGGUGACCCCAACUGGCCGCAGGUGACCCCAACUGGCCGCAGGUAACCGCAGCUGGUCGCAGGUGACCCCAACUGGCCGCAGGUAACCGCAGCUGGUACCAGGUAACCACAGCUGGCCGCAGGUGACCCCAACUGGCCGCAGGUGACCCUAGCUGGCCGCAGGUGACCCUAGCUGGCCACAGGUGACCACAGCUGGCCACAGGUGACCCCAGCUGGCCACAGGUGACCCCAGCUGGCCGCAGGUGACCCCAGCUGGCCGCAGGUGACCCCAGCUGGCCGCAGGUGACCACAGCUGGCUACAGGUGACCACAGCUGGCUACAGGUGAUCCCAGCUGGUCACAUGUGACCCCAGCUGGUCACAGGUGACCCCAGCUGGCCGCAGGUAACCCCAGCUGGCCACAGAUGACCCCAGCUGGCCACAGAUGACCCCAGCUGGCCACAGAUGACCCCAGCUGGCCACAGAUGACCCCAGCUGGCCACAGGUGACCCCAGCUGGUCACAGGUAACCCCAGCUGGCCGCAGCUGGCCACAGAUAACCCCAGCAGGUCUGCUAUGUUCAGACAGAAGAUGAAAGGGCCAUCAGGCCCACUGUAUUAUGAUGUAUGAUUAGCGCGUAUAUGAUGUAUGAAUUUAUUACCAUUGGCUCUUAAUAAAUGCAUGUUGUAUUAUUGUCUAUGUGUGCAAUAAACUCCGUUUUCAGUGCUCGUGUAAUCCUGUGGUUCUUAGAGCGGUUAGAAGUAUUCUUUAAGACUAUCCAAGAAGUUUCAAGUCAUUUAUAUCAUGGUGUACCACAGUGGCAUUGAAAGCUGUUUAUUUACCUAUUUCUUCUACGUAAGUCUACACUGAUUGAGGCGAAAUUUUGUGCUUUGAUUUAUUUUCGACAUUUGUUUCAGCAUGCUGUUGUUGUUGUAGAUUCAGCUAUGAACAAAAAGUUCCAAGUAGCACGGGCUAUGGUGAGCCCGCAUCCAGCAUGCUUUUUCUUACCCAGCUUUUGGGCUCAUUUUCUUGAUUUUUCUUACCCAUUCACAGCUUUUGGGCUCAUUUUCUUGAUUUUUCUUACCCAUUCACAGCUUUUGGGCUCAUUUUCUUGAUUUUUCUUACCCAUUCACAGCUUUUGGGCUCAUUUUCUUGAUUUUCCUCAUUUCUCUUCCAGUCUUCUCCUGUUGGUUCCUUUCCCUUUCCUUGACAAUCUUUUUCCUGUUCCAUUUCUCUUUCCCCCUCUAGAACCUUCUUAUCCUCUAUUUCUCUCUACAAUGUUUUUCCUGUUCCAUUUCUCUUUCCCCCUCUAGAACCUUCUUAUCCUAUAUUUCUCUCUACAAUGUUUUCCCUGUUCUUCUCCAUCUCUCUAUCUCUUCCCUUCUCUACUCACUUCUUCCCACAGAUCAAUAAUUACUCAAUCAGUAUUUUAUACUUUUAUUCAAAACUCUCUUUACUUUUACAAAUUUUAAUAUGUUUACCUAAUGAUAUUUGGUGUCAUUACAAGGCCGAAUGUUCACUGUUCACCUUGUUCAGUGAACAGUGAACACGGUCGUUGUAAAUAUAGAUAUAUAUAUAUUUUUACUUUCUAUUUAUUUUCUGGUUCAUCUAACAGCGAAGGAUGUUUUUAUCUCUGUAUAUAUUGUAACAUAUGUUUGUGUAAAUAUAUUCUCUAUAACUGA